AUGGCUUCUACCCUCCAUGUUAUCUUCUCCUCUAUCUUCUUCAUUGAAAUCUUACUAGGAAUAAUAAUCAAUGGAUUUAUUGUCAUUGCAAUCUGCAUUGAGUGGAAGAAGCAAAGACAAAUCCAUCCCGGUGACCAGAUCUUGCUGUGCUUGGUUCUUUCUCGGCUGUCCUUGCUGUUGACAGUAUUGGCCACUAACAUCUUGCUAACAUUUUUCCCCCAUCUACGGGUCCAUGCUAGUGAGUAUUUUAUAAUGGUCCGCUUAUUGUUCAGCUACAGUAGCAUCUGGUUUGCUACAUUGCUCUCUGUUUUUUAUUGCGUGAAGAUCACUACAUACAACCAUCCCUUAUUCAUGUACAUAAAAACGAGAAUCUCCAAGCUGGUUCCUUGGUUCAUUGCCGGAUGUUCCUUGGCUUCACUGUCGUCUAGUCUACCUGUAGGCUGGUGUGUCUUCACAAAGCACAUCUUAGAUCCAUCCAAUGUUACCUCGCAUAUUGACUCAAAAAGUGCAAAUUUUUUCAACUUAUUUCUCAUCUACAAUUUUGGCUCCUCUCCACCACUUGUCCUGUGUUGUGUCUCGGUUGUCCUCCUCAUGAGAUACCUCUCAGCACACACCAGGGUUAUGCAAGAAAACAGAGGUUUCCGAAACCCAAACCUACAAUCCCAUUAUAGAAUUUUAAGAAGUACAACCUGUUUCUUCCUUUUAUAUUUCGCAUACUAUAUCAUUGUAAAUCUGACAACCACUGGGAUAGUCACACAUGAUAGCCCCUGGAUCAUAUUGUGCUCAAUUUUUACAUCUGUCACCCCAGUUCUUCAUUCCGUCAUCCUGAUCUUAAGUAACUCAAAGCUCCGACAAGCAUCUAAGAGUCUUUUUUGUCAUCCCAGACAUUUUAAACAAGAAGUAAAGUCUCUCAAUCACCUUCCGAACACUGAACCUCUGGGACGCUUGGAAGAUGGAGAAUAG